AUGAACAGCGUCUUCAGGUGCAUGGCGUUGAGUACGGCCAUCUAUACUGAUGAAUCAAGGGCCAUUUAUCUAGCCAAGCACGGCCAGGUGCCACCGCCGGGACUGCUUAUGCCGCCAAAUAAUAUCACCGCAGAUGGUGGCAUAUCUUGGGGCAGAAUGGUGGCCAGCAUGACAGGUGCCCGGUACUACAACUAUGCAGUGGCCGGCUCUACAUGCUCACAGAAGGUGGCAACGCAGCCAGCACGCAUCAUACCUGGCCAGGUACCGACUGUUCUCGAGUAUGGGAUUCCUGCAUUCGAGGCAGAUUUGGCCUGUCCAUCUUUCUAUGUCGAUCGGCAGCCAAACAACACGGUGUAUGCCAUGUGGAUUGGUACCAACGAUUUGGGCGUCGAGGGCUUUCUCUACGACCGGAAUAUGCCAGGGACCAUUCUUGCUGACCUUGUGGACUGCAUAUGGAGAUCUUUUGACCACAUUUACAGGACCGGAGGUCGGCGCUUCAUUGUCAUGAACACUGUGCCACUGGAUAGAGCGCCGACUUACGCAAGCUUUGGGAGUGGCGGUGCAGGAGACAACCCGGUUUGGCCGACGAAAUCCAAGUACAAUACGACAGAAUAUCAGCAAAAGAUGUUUCAGUACAGUCGGGCAGUGAAUGAGUUGCUGGACAACACGUCGCCAGUCCAUCUUCUGGUCAAACGUCGCUGGCCCGGCGCAAGCAUCACAGUCUUUGACGCUCAUUCGAUAUUCAACGAUAUACAUGAAAACCCUGGUAAGUAUCUUUCGCCGCCGCAAAACGUCGUAUCGUCUUUCAAGACUUGCGAUGCGGGGGGUAACUGCGAGAAUUCUAGCUUGUCCAGGUCGAGUUUUCUCUGGUAUGUACAUGCGAUAUCUCUGCAUAUUGAUCAGAACUUGACUUACAGCCGAUAUUUCACCGUAAUCAGGUACGAUAUGCUGCACCCGUCUGAAAGAACUAUGGAGAUUGUAGCAGAGGAUCACAAGUCUGAACUCGAUGAGAGACAGGCUGUGGCAUUUUACACACUACCUAGAUUUUACAUAUGCGGCGUGCCUGCCCCACUGGGUCAGGCACGACUUAACCUUCGACGCCGGGUUACCGCUGCACCCAACGUAUGA